AUGGCCUUGGACCAGGCUGGCGAGAAUGUCAAAAAGAAAGUACUACAAGAAAGUGAACCCAUGGACUACAUAGAAAAUAGUAACAAAAGAGUGAUAAAAAGCCUCGAAGUCUCUGAAGAAUCUAACAACGAACUAGACACUGAAUGGGAAUUGUCUGACUUUGCCUUCCAAGAGAUUAUACACCAGUUCGGCCAACCUGAUAUAGAUAUGUUCGCUUCCAGAAUCAACGCUAAGUGCCCCAGGUACUGUGCCUGGGAUAGGGACCCCGAAGCAUGGGCCAUUAACGCUUUUACAAUCCCUUGGUCGGCCCUUUAUUGGUACGCCUUCCCCCCCUUCUCAUGUAUCACUCGGUUCCUCAAAAAGGAAACUCGUCCACCCGCUGGCCUCGUCACUUUCCCUGGUGGCAGGGCGUUUAUCAGGCAGGCAUUGCUGCGGCGAGGUCUAAGUGCAGACAUGGUGGACCUUAUGGUCACUUCAGUGGCGGAGAAUACACUCAAACAGUAUAGCUCGGCGCUCAAGGUGUGGUGGAAUUUCUGCAGAGACCAUUCAGCGGACCCUUAUUUGCCCAAGAUCCAAACACUGUUGGACUGUCUCACCAAAAAAUUCAAAGAAGGAGCGGCUUAUGGUACCCUCUCUUCCAUGAGGACAGCGGUUGCUCUAAUAAUGCCUCCAGACCCCCAGGGCGCGGACUUUUUAAAUAGGUUUUUUAAGGGCGUCUUUAGAAAUAGGCCUACGACCCCAAAAUACAAUACAACUUGGGAUGUAGACAUAGUAUUGGCAAAACUUGAGGCCUGGUAUCCUCUCGAAUCCUUAGAUCUGCGCACCCUGACCCUGAAAUUAACAAUGUUGUUAGCAUUGGGUUCGGUCUUCAGAGUUCAAUCUCUGUCCCUUAUUAAGCUGGAAGGAAUUAAGUCUAGGGAGGACUCAGUAGAAAUUAGAAUCCCUGACUUAAUCAAGACAUCCAAACCGGGAGCAAAGCAGCCUUUCGCGUGUUUCUUACCGUUCGACAACAAGGCGCUUUGCAUAGCUUCCACCAUUAUGUUUUAUAUAGAAAAGACCAGUCUUAUUCGCGGUUCAUCCAGCCAGCUGCUGAUCUCUUUCCACCCCCCCUAUAAACCGGUAUCCACAAAUACAAUUAGUCGAUGGUUGAAGACGGUACUUAAAGAUGCAGGAGUAGAUAAAUCUUUCUCUGCUCACUCCACUAGACAUGCUUCUACCUCAAAGGCUGGUGCCAAGGGGAUUAGCAUUGAGAUUAUCAAACAGGAUGCGGACUGGUCGAACAAUUCAAAUACCUUUAAUAGAUUUUAUAACAGACCUCUAGAUUUGACACGAGGAGUUUUUGCUACGUCGGUUUUAGACAAUCACACUAGAACUCGAUCUACUUAA